AUGUCUAGGCCCGUCUGCGCCGUUGCGCCCGGCCUGUCCACCCAUCAGGGCGACGCCUUCUUCCCCGAAUUGAGCCAGCAUAUAUAUCAAUCAGACAUGCAAAACGUCGACUACUCUUCUGAUUCGCAGCAACAUGCCAUAACCCAGCGCAGCCACUCCACUCGGCGGGCUUCACCCGUUGCUGAGCACGGCAAUCCGGGCGCCACUGCCAUGAGCACCAACGUCCAGAGCAGCACCGUCGCGAUGGCCUUUUUCAACCACGGCAUGGUCACACCAGGCCAGAGCCCUAGCUUCAUCGAUGGGCAGAUCGUGAGCGAUCACAUACCUCCAGCUCCGUGGGACACAGGAUUCGCUCUAGAUUCCGCCGACAUUUCUGCCACGGUUUAUUCGCAGCCGCAGCAUGUUAUCUUUGCUGUCGAAGGAGGGCAACAGUUAUUGCAACCUGCGCCUGCGCCCCCUCCCUCGUUACAAUUGCAGUCUUUUCUGCAGUCGCAACCUACGCCUCAGCUACGGCUUGCUCCGCGACCACUUCAAACACAGCCGGCCCGCGGUCUAUCACCAAAACCCGAACCCAACCACCAAGUACAGCGCCGGCGAGAGCCCCGUGACAUUACCAUCCCAUUCAUGACUGUAUCGGCUCAUUUGGCCGCAAACAACUUCAGACAUUUUCUCGGCCGUCCGAUGGUAGAGUCAAUGGUUAUGUCAAAUUCUCCUGGCCCCGCGAAGAAGACAAACGGUCAUCAACAACUGUGGAAGUGGCAAGUAUUGAUUAUAUCGGCGAUUUAUCCUCAGCCGUUGCUGCUACACAGACAUCGAGCCAAGGAUUUAAGCGAUCGCUGCAGCGUCGAUGUUUUGCAUCACCGGCCUCCACCAGCACUCUCUUGGCAGGAAACGACUCACCCUAUCGAGCAGCAUCAACCUUGCCGCCGUCCCAAAUCGGCGCAUAUCUUCAAUUUCCGACAGCAAGCUUACGAUCAUAUUGUCAGAAUGAUACCACCAAGGUCCCGCAACUCCCGUCACAAUUCGGACAUUAUGUGGCGAUGGACAACAUGGGCAGAAAGCUGUUCGGUUUUUACAUCCACAACUGGUGUCCCGGGCGAAGGUCAAGUCAACGAAAGAUUUGCCAUCGCCAAAGCCCGGUUCCGCGAGCUGCUCCAGGCAGGCAAUUUAGACGAAAGCGAGUCUGUCGAGCUAGUCACCUUGGCGUCAUUGCUCUCUAUGCAGGAUGUGGUUCUCACGGAGUGCAGGCUCCGAAAACCCCACUGCCCUCGCUGGUUGAUGGGAUUCAGUGAGGCGGAGAAAGUGCUGCAGCGGACGGAUCCAGGCUCUCGUUUUUACGAAGAGUCAUAUGUCCAGGUCUCUGCCCUACGCCUAUCGCAAUCAGUCAUCGUUGCUAAAGCUGUCGUUUUGGCUCAGCUGAUGAUGCCCCUCCCGCCUCUCGCUACCUUCAACCCCGUUGCCGAAGAAUCUAGAUUCGGAUAUCUGUUGUCCGGUACAGAAGAAGGCAUGUGUGAAAUCCACGGCGGGUGUGGGUUCUCGAGACGUCUGCUGCACAUCUUCAGCCAGGUGACCUACUGUGCCACACUCAUGCUCCAAGAUGGCGAAACGCCCAUCAUCCCAGAGACUGCCGAUAUGCUCCGCUACCAGCUUCUGGACCUUAAGCAGUGGAGUGGAGAAAUUCCACGAAACCACCAGAUGGUCAUUGAAAACUUAGCCGACUUAGCCAAGUGCAUUUCUAUUAUGCCAACGUCAGGCUUUUUAUUUACGGCUCAAGCCCCGCUCCUGCCGGUCUUCUUCCUCGGGCUACUAGCCACUGUAGAAGAACAUGUUCGAGUCGCGAAUGCCUGGUUUCAGGAAGUCAUUGAAACCCCUGUUCGCAGUAGCGUGCCGCCACUUUACGAAAGUCUAAAACGUAUUCAGAGCUGGAUGGGCAAGAAAAUCCCAGUGCCCACGCCAAACACGAAACUGCCCUGCGCCAUUGCCGAGAGGCAAGCCUGGUGGGAGCGUAUGGUGCAUCAGGUUCAAGAAAGAGGGAGAGAAGUCCUCUGCCUGACAUGA